GUUUCGUUGAUAUAUUGCGACGCAGACCAAAAGAAACACACAGCACGCCUCCAUUCUUCUAUAGUCCGCUCCUCAAGCGAUUCCCGAUUGCUUGCCGCCCUAUCACUACGAUUUCCAUCGGCGUCGCACUCCACAGAUUCGCUUCAGAUAUAGGUAGAAGAUUGAAUAAUGAGUGGAAUAAGCUUGGUGAUAUCAAAACCUUGGUGUAGGGUGUAUAAUCCUUGUACAGGUGAAAAUAAUAAGAGUAAUUUUGGUACAAGCAAUAAGAUCCAUUUUGGUACAAAACCAAACAAUAAGAUGGACUUAAUCCCAUGUCAUUUAUCAAAUUCAAACUUAAGAAUUUCUUCUCCUGUUGCAACCAAUCACAUGUUGAAACAUCGUGUGUAUUCAUCAUCAUCAUCAUCAUCAUCAUCAUCAUAUGCACGUAAAGAUGUAACCGAUUCAACAUCUCAACCACCUUAUGGCUUGUGUGGCCUUGUUGCUAUUAUUGCUUUGGCUUUACCUAAAGCCUGGGAGGUCGCUAUGCAUUUUAUUUCUGCUACAGAAGGAGUUUUGAAAUCGAAUGCGUGUUACUCUACCUUUUUAGGGGUUGCUGCUGUUUUUGCAGCUAAAGGUUUUCUUGACAAUAUCAUGUAUGGGUUUGCAGUACUAAAAGACAAACCCUUUUCGAAUGGAGAUUAUAUAGAAGUUGGAUAUUUGAAAUGUCAGGUUAUUGAGAUGGGACUUAUAACCACCUCAUUGAUUACCGACACAAACCGUCCUUUAGCAGUUCCAACUUCCUGGUUUUAUGGUCAGGUUAUUAUGAACGAAUCACGGCAAAGCACAAUAGUUCCAUAUUCCAUGCUUUGUGGUGAGGUAUUUGUGAGCAAACCCAUGCCUCCAUGGCAUGCGAUGGUUUCAAAGAUUUAUGUGGAAAAGGAUGAGUUGGAGAAGGUGCGCAAGAUAACGGAUGAAAUACCGAACAUGAUGAGAUCUAAUCCAAAUGUUUACUUGGAGGAACAGCAGCCGUAUUGUGAAGUUUCAUUGGGAAAUUAUUUUGAGCUUACUAUUGGAUGUUAUCUAAAACAGGCUAGUGAAGAGGAAUUAUAUUUAGCAAAGCAGGAUAUUCUUUUGCAGUUGGCUCGGCUAAUCAAGAAGCACGGGUGCAAAGUAGGUGGGCACAGGGGGGAAGUAAAGUGUUUGUAAACUUAUAUGUUAACAAAGACUAAAUACCAUCUGAA